CUGAGACUAGCGACACGUGGCGGCGGAUCAGAGAAGAGCAAUGAUGGCGGAUCGCAAGCAUAACAGACGAGAUUGCGCCGACGACAGAGGGCCGCAGGAGGAUGGAGGCAGAGUGAAAACUAAGCCUGUCUCUUGUAGCACUGUGGGGGGAGAAGGGACCGCAGUCAAACGUACAUCCCACCAUUUUACACAUGAGGAUGAAGAGGAGCCCUCAGCUGACCCACCAGCACCCAGCAAAGUUUCCAAAAUAGGCUUUAGCAUGAGCAGUUCGACUGCGAAGAAGUCCAACCCGAUAUCAAUCAAACUUGGAGCAACAAAACCAAAAGAGCCCACACCAUCACUUCCUCCAAAAAAGCCAGGGCUGGCAUCUGUUUUUAACGAUUCUGACGAUAGUGAACCUGAGGAGAUGCCUCCUGAAGCAAAGAUGAGGAUGAAGAACAUCGGCAGAGAGACGCCAACAUCUGCGGGACCGAAUUCAUUCAACAAGGGCAAGCAAGGUUUCUCUGAUAAUCAAAAACUUUGGGAAAGGAAGCUGAAGGCCGAAGGCGACAAAAAAUAGAUGACUGUCAUUAGUGGAUAAUUCUGCAUGGGGUUAAUGGUCCAGUGUGUAAGAAUUAGUGACAUCUAAUGGCGAGACUGCUGAAUAACAAGCUGCUCACUCCUUCCUUUCCCCAAGUGCAUUGUGGAACUACAGGGGCCUUCACAUACCAGAAAGGGUCUUCUUCUUCAUUUGCAUAGUUAGCUUCUGCUUCUAUGUAAGAAAGACGUUCUGGCUGGCUGUCCCUGUGGGCUACUGUAGAAUAAUUGCAGAGGAAGGUGGUGGUCUCCACACUGGAUGCGUUGCGUGUGUUGUGCUGCAUGUUGCGUGUCCGCUAGGGCUGCAACCAACAAUUAAUCAAUUACUAAAGUAAUCAUGAACUAUUUUGAUAAUCGAUUAAUCACUUUGAGUGUUUUUUUCAAUAAUUAAAACAAGCUUUCUGAUUUUUCAGCUUCUUAAAUGUGAA